AUGGCAUCCUUAUUCACAUCCCGCGCACUCCUGCGCAGUGCCCCUCGCACAAUCUCUGCCGCAACCCCGGCCAUGCGCGCCCUCUCUACCACCCCAGCUCGUCCCGAUGCCUCCGCUUCCACCACGGAUAAAUUCAGCAAGAUCCCCGAUUUCAGCAAAUAUAGAAGUAAGAAGAGCGGCGGCAGUAAUUUGGUCUAUCAAUACUUUAUGGUGGGGGCUAUGGGUGCUUUGACGGCUGCGGGGGCAAAGGCGACGGUUCAAGAUUUCCUCGUCAACAUGUCCGCAUCCGCAGACGUUUUGGCCAUGGCCAAGGUCGAGGUCGACUUGGCUGCUAUCCCUGAGGGCAAGAAUGUCAUUAUUAAAUGGCGUGGCAAGCCUGUAUUCAUCCGACACCGAACCGCCGACGAGAUCAAGGAGGCCGAGAACAUCAAAGUUGAGACUCUGAGAGAUCCACAAACCGAUGCCGACCGUGUGAAGAAGCCAGAAUGGUUGGUUAUGGUUGGACACAAGAUGUUAACGAUGAUCAAAACAGGUGUCUGCACACAUCUCGGAUGUGUCCCAAUCGGCGAAGCUGGUGAUUUCGGAGGAUGGUUCUGCCCAUGUCACGGUUCCCACUACGAUAUUUCGGGCCGUAUAAGAAAAGGACCCGCCCCUUUGAACUUGGAAGUUCCGGAAUACGAAUUCACCGAAGAAACUGGCUUGGUCAUUGGUUAA